GCCUCACUCUGCAGUUAGAGUGGCGAAGCAGGAAGUGUGAGGAGUGUGUUUACUCACGCAGCUCUCAGACAGCAGGACUUCGUCUGUGCUGAGGGUUUAACGUCUGCAGGACUGUGCGGGUGAUUUUCGUAUCUACAGUCCGACUUCAUCUGUUUCUCCACAGUAAGUGAGGAUUCAAGAGCGGCAGAAUGACCACUCUGACGAAGAGGAGUCGCCGCACGGAGGCGCCCACAUCCACAGAGAGCCGGGGUCACGAGGAGGAGGAGGAGCAGAAGAGCAGAGCCACUGAUGAAGAGGAAGAUGGAGACUCUAAAACAUUGAGACUGACUCUGAUGGAGGAAAUACUGCUGCUGGGCCUGAAGGAUAAAGAGGGUUACACAUCAUUCUGGAAUGACUGCAUCUCCUCAGGCUUGCGGGCCGCGAUGCUGGUGGAACUCGCUCUGAGGGGAAGAAUACAACUCCAACCCCAGAGCAUGAGGAGGAAGAAGCUAUCAGAGCGCAGUGUCAUGCUGAAAUCAGACGCUCCUACAGGUGACGUCCUGCUGGAUGAGACGCUGAAGCACAUUAAGAACACUGAGCCUGCGGAGACGGUCGCCAGCUGGAUCGACCUGCUCACCGGUGAGACCUGGAACCCCCUGAAGAUGUACUUCCAGCUGCCGCAGGUCCGAGAGCGCUUGGCGAAGAGCCUGGUGGAGAAGGGUGUUCUGACCACAGGGAAGCAGAACUUCGUGCUGUUUGACAUGACAACACACCCACUGGUCAAUGAAAAAGAGAAGGAGCGUCUGCUACAGAGGCUGCAGGCCAGUCUUCUGGAUCGGUGGACGAAUGAACCCCACCGCUUGCCCCGCCGGGCCCUGGCCCUACUGGUGCUGGCCCACGGCUCCGACGUCCUGGAAAGAUCACUCACGUCACUUCCUGAUGACCGCUAUGAAAUCGCCAGCCGCCGGGCCAAAGACAUGCUGGAGGGGGACAUCGAACAGCAGAGCGCAAAGGCUACAACCCCUGCUGAGGAGGUCAUCUGGGCUGUGUUGGCCGCCUUAAACAGAGCCUGAAACAAAGAAAAUGACCUCGGUGCCCCCUACUGACAGACUGAAAUUCACUUUAUUUAUAACGCACAUUUAACACAUCAGAGGUCGAUAUACAGCAGAUAGAAGAUUAAUGAAGAAAACUGAAUUACUCAGGUUCUCAGGGAAUCCUGAACCAGGUGACGUUCCCAGGAUCUGCUCAUGAUGGAAAAGCUGGCGUUCCCAGUGUGCAGCCAUCAGGAACUCUAGUGCUCAUCGUUUUAUUAGCACUAUUACUUGAGCAGCAUGUUUACCAUCAUAAUGAAGUAUUUUACACAGAUAUUUACAAUCUCCACCCACUGCCCACUUUAUUAGAAACACCCACCUUCUGCUUCCACCCACUGGCCACUUUAUUAGAAACACCCACCUUCUGCUUCCACCCACUGGCCACUUUAUU